GGCGCUUCAAACGUGUUCACAGGAUCAGUUCUUUCUUCUUACAGCUAACGCUAGCCCCUCAGCUAACAACAACACAAGAUCCCGUAUUAGUGUUUUAAUUUGUACCUAAUAAUAAGGGGGCAAACUGCUUCCACCUUGGCAUGUAUUGAUGUAGAUGAAUGUUGAAGUGGAGGGCUGAGUGGAGAGGCAGUUUUUCUUUUUAUCCUUGUUGCACUGGACACCUGUCACGCUGGCAAUGUCAAGAGUCCCGAGUCCCCCUCCCCCUGCGGAAAUGUCCAGCGGGCCUGUGGCUGAGAGCUGGUGUUACACACAGAUCAAAGUGGUAAAGUUCUCGUACAUGUGGACCAUUAACAACUUCAGCUUUUGUCGUGAGGAGAUGGGGGAGGUCAUCAAGAGUUCUACCUUCUCCUCAGGGGCCAAUGACAAGCUUAAAUGGUGUUUACGAGUGAAUCCAAAAGGCCUGGAUGAGGAGAGCAAAGAUUACCUUUCUCUCUAUCUGCUGCUGGUCAGCUGUCCCAAGGCUGAGGUUCGCGCUAAGUUCAAGUUUUCCAUUUUAAAUGCUAAAGGAGAGGAAACCAAAGCUAUGGAAAGCCAGAGGGCGUAUCGCUUUGUCCAAGGGAAAGACUGGGGUUUUAAGAAGUUCAUCCGAAGAGACUUUUUGCUCGAUGAGGCCAAUGGCCUUUUACCAGAUGACAAACUGACUCUUUUCUGUGAGGUGAGUGUGGUGCAAGACUCUGUCAACAUAUCGGGUCAAAACACAAUGAACAUGGUGAAGGUUCCUGACUGCCGGUUAGCAGACGAGUUGGGAGGCCUGUGGGAGAACUCGCGCUUCACAGACUGCUCCCUAUGUGUGGCUGGACAGGAGUUUCAGGCCCACAAAGCCAUUUUGGCAGCACGCUCACCAGUAUUCAGUGCAAUGUUUGAACAUGAGAUGGAAGAGAGCAAGAAGAACCGUGUGGAGAUUAAUGAUGUGGAGCCAGAGGUCUUCAAAGAGAUGAUGUGCUUCAUUUACACAGACAAGGCUCCAAACUUGGACAAGAUGGCAGAUGAUCUACUUGCAGCAGCUGACAAGUAUGCUCUUGAGAGACUGAAGGUGAUGUGUGAGGAUGCUCUGUGCACCAGCCUCUCUGUGGAUAACGCUGCAGAAAUUCUGAUCCUAGCCGACCUUCAUAGCGCCGACCAGCUCAAAACACAAGCCGUUGACUUCAUCAACUACCAUGCUGCCGAGGUGAUGGAGACUGCAGGUUGGAAAUCCAUGGUGGGGUCCCAUCCUCAUCUUGUUGCUGAAGCUUACCGCUCAUUGGCCUCGGCGCAGUGCCCCUUUCUGGGACCCCCUCGAAAGCGGCUCAAACAGUCGUAACAGCUCCUCAUCCUGACUCUGAAACCCAUGCACAUAAAUACACAGACCACCCCUCCCCAACACAGGGAUAACCGCCGCCCUUGCUGUUACCUACCACACUACCUACAGCCUGUCAUCGAACUGCCCUUCUGUCCCAUCCAAAUCUGCUGUAUUUUGUCUCAUCUGAGGACAUAGGGAAAAGGACAGGAAGGAGAGGGAGGAAAGGAACAGUUGGGACUUGUGGAUGUUUGUGGUUAACAAAAAGACACAACCACCCUCCACCUCACUCCUAAACUGUCUGACAUUGUGCUCUUUUACAUGUUUAAACCUAAAAUCCUGUGACGUCAAAUGCUACUUCCUGUUGGGGAUCUGGAUUCUGUAUAGGAAGAUGAACAGAACACAUCAAUUCCAAUGGGGGCCAACUGUUCGGAUAUUCUGCUGCCCUCCAAUGGCGAGUGUGGAUUAAUCAAGUCUUAUUUUCUGCCUUUUCUGUGUGAUGUUGAAGAAUAACGACUUAAAUUAAUCUGGAUGUUUGUUGAACUGCAGAAAAAAUUAAGUGAGCUUGUUAGUUACACAGAACUUGAAGCCCCCGCUGAAGACAACCAAGGGCUAUAAUUGACCAGAAGAAGAGGGACAAAAUCAUGUAAUUAAUUUUCCCAAAGAAAGUUGGGAACAUUGCACUAAAGUCACAGGUCACUCAUUAGCAACCCCUACCAGCAGUCAAGUAGAAAUACUCAAGCACAGUGUUAUGGACUAAAGACCAGUUAAAUGACCAAUAACAAGUUCCCUUUAAGAUUUAUCAACAAGCUUAUGUGUGUAAUCCAUAUAUUCUCCACAGUAAACUUUUUUUUUUUUUGAAACCGUUGACGUAAUUACAGUAAACGGGACACAGGAAAGGGCAACGCACAAGUGGAUGUCACUGUUCAACAUGUGUAAUUUAUGUCUGGAUUUGUCUUCAUCCCUGAAAGAAAGUCAUGUCUGAGAUGUCAAUUUAUAACAUGUAAAAAUUGGAUUCAAAUUGACACAUUCAAACAAGCAUGUUAACUUUAUUUUAAAUUUCAUAUUCUCAAUUUCUUUUCAGAUGUGUCAUUUAUACUUUUUCCAUAGAAAUUUGUACAGAUACAAGCGAUUUUGAAGUUGUGUGUAAACAAUGGUAUUUUCAACCGUUCAAAUGUUUUCUUUUACAGACAUGAAGACUGAGGGGAACUCUCAUCAUGAAUGAACACGUUUUAAUGUUCAUAGUUAACAGAAACUGAAAAUGGACAUACAGGCACAACAUGAAAUCAGUUUGAAAGUUAUUGUUUGGUGGAAAAUGGUAACUGAUAGAAGGAAUACUUGAUCUUUCUUUCCUGUAGAUAUUGAUCAUUAUGAAAAGACACUUAGUUGUUGCCAUUUUUGUUCUCAAAAGAAUAAACCACAGCUAUUUUAUAUUUAAAGGCAAUUGUCUUUUUGUUGUUUUAAGUGAAACCGUAAUACUGACAUUUGUAUCAAGGAAAAAAUAAGUAUUUUCAUAAUGCUCACAUAUCAAAUAUAUUAUUUAUAUAUAAAAUUGCAUAAAAAUGCAAAAAGCUAA